AUUACUCAAUCUCCGCCAUGAGAAACUUCUAAUCUCCUUUCUCUCUCAACAACAAUCUGCAGACAAUCGCCGUUUGAACCGGUCAUCAUCUUCCUUUUCUUUCCCAGCGCUUUAUUGCUCUCCUUUUCUUCUAUCUUUUAUCUCUUUAUUAGGGUUUUGAUUUUUGAAUUCUUCUCCAUCUCCGAUCCUGCCUCCUCCUUUCAAUUUCCUCUUUUUUUUUUCAUCUGCACCACCGCAUUUCUCUCUUUGGAAAUGACCACAUCUGCCUUGAAGAACGGUUUAAUGCCUUCCGGCCUAGUCUCCAAUCUCGAACAGGUGCUUCUCCGCCGUAAGGUAGGUGCCGCCACCGGAGAAGGACAACAUAAGUCCGACAAGGAUGAUUCGCCGGCGCCAUCAUCUUCUAGUUCGAAUUCCGGCGGUGCAGCUGCCGAUCUCGACAGCUCGAAGCCUAUUGUCCUCGUCACCAAUGCCGAUGGGAUUGAGUCGCCUGGCCUUACCUCUCUCGUGGAUGCUCUGGUUCAGCUGGGCCUCUACAAUGUCCAUGUUCUGGCUCCUCAAUCAGAUAAAUCUGUAGCUGGCCAUUCUGUUACACUGAGAGACACUGUUGCAGUAACUGCAGUUGAUAUUCAAGGUGCAACUGCUUAUGAAGUUUCUGGGACUCCUGUGGACUGUGUCUCUUUGGCGUUAUCCGGUGCUCUAUUUUCCUGGUCAAAGCCUCUAUUGGUAAUUAGUGGAAUCAACAGGGGUUCAAGCUGUGGCAAUCACAUGUUUUAUUCGGGUGUUAUAGCAGGAGCAAGGGAGGCAUUGCUUGAUGGUGUUCCAUCCAUAUCAAUAUCUUUGAACUGGAAGACCAAUGAAAGCCAGGAGAGUGAUUUCUGUGGUGCUGCAAGUGUUUGUUUGCCUUUUAUUACUGCGGCUAUUAGGGAUAUAGAGAAGGGUGUUUUCCUCAAAUGCUGUUUGCUCAAUUUGGAAGUCCCAACUACUCCGCUGACAAACAAGGGAUUCAAAUUAACCAAGCCAAGCCUUUGGAGAUCUACCCUUAGCUGGAAUGCUAUUCCAGCUAACAGGAACGUUGCUGCAUCACGGUUUCUCUCUAACCAGCAAAGUCUUGGCUUUCAACUUGCUCAGCUUAGCCGAGAUGCAUCUGCUGCUGGUGCUGCACGCCGUUUCACUACACAGAAGAAGAAUAUAGAGGUUGUUGAGUCAGUUGGCGUCGCUGGAAAGUCCGAUCCCAAUCGAACAGUAAAGUACUUCAGAUUGGAGUUACUUGAGAAGAAGCAGGAAGAAGAGGAUGAGGAUUUAGAUUUCCGAGCACUCAAUAAUGGAUUUGUUGCAGUCACUCCGAUAUGUUUGCCAAUGCACGAACAUGAGGAUAUAAGAUCAGCUGCUUCCGAGUGGAUCUCAACUGCCUUACAUGAAAACCAUUGAACACACCCUUUUUAGUCUUGAACCAGCUAAUACCUAUUCUUUUCUUUCUUUUUUUAUUGUACAUUUAUUACAAGAUAAAUGUGCAAAGUGUGUCGGGGUCGUAACGUUUGAUUUAAAAAAUGACCAUUUGCCACUAACUUCCUUCCAGUCCUACUCACAUCCCUUGGGCGAAGCGAAUGCGCAAAAUGCAUAUAUGUGCUUCCCUUGAUUUGAAAAUCACCAUUAUAUUUAUGCUUGUUGAGUGAAAAGUGUGUACCUUAUCCUAAUCUCAACUUCUGUCCUGUAGAAGUCUUGUUUGUAAGUUGUAUUUUUACCACAUUUUUAUCGUCCCUCUCGUUUGAAAAAAAAAGCCUUGUAAGAGUAUGACAGUCAUAUUUACUCAUUACUCUCAGAAUAGAGUUAUUGAAUGUAUUAGUGUGUUUUUUAUAUCAUAUUCUCCCAUUUAGCACAAUGAGUGAUUUGGUGUGUUUGUGUGUCUUGCAUGUAAUAAAGAAGGCUGGGCUUA